AUGGUUGGGUUGCCAGCUCGAGGAAAGAGUUAUAUCACGAAGAAGAUUACAAGAUAUUUCAACUGGCUGCAGUUCGAUACCAAAAUCUUCAACGUUGGAGAGAGACGCCGUGUCAAUUCUUCAUUCUUCGACCCAAGCAACAAGAAAGCGGCGCAAAUACGAGAGCAAGUGGCACGGGAGACGCUUGAUGAGCUCCUCGACUACAUUCUCGAUGGCGAGGGCAGUGUUGGAAUUCUCGAUGCUACCAACAGCACCGCUGAGCGUCGGAAGAUGAUUAUGGAUCGCAUCCGGGAACGAGCGGGUCCUCAGUUGAAUGUGCUGUUCUUGGAGUCGAGAUGUGUUGAUCAGGAUCUUCUGGAGUCCAAUAUGCGGUUGAAGUUACAGGGACCGGAUUAUAAAGAGAUGGAUCCCACUGUCGCACUCGCAGAUUUCAAGAAGCGAGUGGCGGAGUACGAGAAGGCCUACGUCCCACUUGGAGAGUACGAAGAGAAGAACAACAUGCCGUAUAUCCAGAUGAUCGACGUCGGACGCAAGGUGAUCAGUCACCAGAUCAAGGGCUUCCUCAUGGCGCAGGCCAACUACUACCUCCUCAACUUCAACCUCUCACCACGCCAGAUCUGGAUCACUCGCCACGGCUUGAGCUUGGAUAACGUCUCAGGCAAAAUCGGUGGCGACAGCGAUCUGGCUCCCGAGGGACUACUUUACGCCCGCUCUCUCACUCUCUUCAUGAAUGAGAAGCGCAAAGAAUGGGAUCUCAAGCAAAUUGAGACCCUGAAGAAGACGCACUUCCCACCACAACCUGGCGAUCCCAAACCCUUCUGCGUCUGGACCUCGAUGUUGAAACGCAGCAUCCAGACGGCUCAAUACUUUGACGACGACGAAUACGACUCGAAGCAAAUGCGCAUGCUCGACGAACUCAACGCCGGCGUCAUGGAAGGUCUGACGUACAAUUGCAUCUCCACACAAUUCCCCUCGGAAUACCGCAGCCGCAAGGCCGACAAGCUCCACUACCGCUAUCCCGGCCCGGGCGGCGAAGGAUACCUCGACAUCAUCAACCGUCUCCGCCCGGUGAUUGUCGAAUUGGAGCGCAUGAUGGACCACGUCUUGCUUGUCGGUCACCGUAGUGUGGCGCGCGUGCUGCUGGCGUAUUUCUUGGGUUUGAAACGCGAGGAGGUGGCGGAUUUGGAUGUCCCUUUAGGCAUGUUGUAUUGUUUGGAGCCGAGGCCUUAUGGUGUGGACUUCAAGGCGUAUCGAUGGAAUAAGGACAUGGAGUGGUUUGUCGAGUGUCCUGAUUUUGAGCUCAAGAGGGCGGAGGAUGAUAUGCAGUAG